AUGGGUACUAUCAGCAUACCAUCCGCUGGUCUCGCGGACAGUAGCCUGCGAACCUCGGGCCUGCGAACCACCGCCCUGGGAACCACGAGCCUGCGAACCACCACCCUGGGAGCCACGGGCCUGCGAACCACCGCCCUGGGAGCCACGGGCCUGCGAACCACCGCCCUGGGAACCACCGCCCUGGCCAUGAGAACGACUAGGCUGGGUUCUAACACCCGCAGUUCUGCUGCUCUGGGCAUGCUCACCGCGCAUCUGAGCAAGUUCAUACUCAGAGCCGCGGCGUGCGCCCUGGCGUUCACCUUGAUUAGACAUCUUGUCUUUCAGCAAUUUCAGUUUGUUUUGCAAUUGAAAGCUUGA